CCGUCCGUCGACGACCAGAACCGAAAGCUUCAAAAAAAAAGACUCAGAAAUCCCCGUCAGCCCUCAAUAUUUGUUCACUCGUGUCCCCUGCCCGUCUCUGACGCUCGCCAUCCCCAAUCCCAAAAGUCGAGAAAUACAGAAAACGAAACGACCGGGAGAAAAGAAAUGUCCCAGGCGGCGCAGACUCCAGUCGACAUCACCACGCUCUCCGUGCAGCAACUCUCCGCACUGCAGGCGCGGCUGUCCCAGGAACUCGAGCACCUGAGCACGUCGUAUCAGAGGCUACGGGCCGCGCAGUCGCGCUUUCGGGACUGCAUACGCAGCAUCCAGGACGGGGUGCAGGGGAGGAGUGGAGAAACGCCCCUGCUCAUCCCGCUGACAACAUCCCUCUACGUCCCCGGCACCUUGGCUGCGCCCAAAUCCUCCUCCUCCUUAUCCACGACAUCCGACUCAUCCUCGCAGGCGUCAAAAGCCCCCACGGUCAUGGUCGACGUGGGGACGGGCUUCUUCGUGGAGAAGACGCCCGCGGACGCGACAAAAUUCUACCAGGGCAAGGUUGAAGAGUUGACCAAGAACCUCCAGGACAUUGAGAAGGUCGUGGGUGGCAAGACCGAGAGUCUGAGGAUCGUGGAAGAUGCCCUGCGGCGGAAGAUGGUGGAGGAACAGCCCAUGCAGUUCGGCGCCGGGCGACAGGGCCCGGCGGCGGCAGCGUCAGCAAGCGGAAGCGGGUCCAAAGGGGCUGGAUAGUCAAGGACGGAGUGCUUGCAGAGCAUGGACAAGAAUGAAGACAGGGAAGCAUAGAAAUGACAAGCUUUUUCUGUACGGAAGAAACAUAUGUGCUAUGUGAGCGUGGUGAAUCCCCUCCGGAAAGACUUGCUCUCUUGUAGAGUUUCCUUCGAUGGAGAUAGAUCCCGUUCACUGCUGCAGUGUAGACAGUGAUUGGACCCAUUGGAGCUGCAGGGGUUGAAGAGCUCUCUGUAAUGUCUGCAUACGAUGCGUAAGACAUGGGCUGAAGGCCGCUUCCGACCCGAUGCCCCUGCUCAAGGUCCUCUCC